GAGGUUUCCUCGCAGCCGGCUCGGGUCUCCGCGUCUAGACGGGUACGCCGGGCCCGGGCCCUGCAGAUCGCUCGCUGCCACCGCAUCCCGCGCGCGGAGGCUGAGCCCGGUGCCGCCGGCAGGAGGCGGAGCAGCGGCUCAUGGACGCGGCGGGCUCGCCGGCUCCUGCGGGCGCUGGAGGUGAUGGCUCUGGAGGAAGUACAGGAGAGACAUCAUCCAGGCUUUCAAGAGAGCAGAUUUUUGUUCUGGUGUCAGCAGCUUCCAUGAACUUGGGGUGCAUGAUGGCCUAUUCCAUCCUUGGACCGUUUUUCCCUAAGGAGGCAGAAAAGAAGGGGGCCAGCAACACCAUGAUCGGGAUGAUCUUUGGAUGCUAUGCGUUAUUUGAAUUGCUGGCAUCUUUGGUGUUUGGAAAAUAUGUUGUACACAUUGGAGCCAAAUUUAUGCUUAUAUCAGGCAUGUUUAUCUCAGGAGGGGUUAUCAUUCUCUUUGGUGUCUUGGAUCAACUUCCAAAAGGACCCAUAUUUAUUGUCAUGUGUUUCCUGGUGAGAAUAGUUGAUGCCAUAGGCUUUGGUGCAGCCAUAACGGCAUCAUCUUCCAUCCUUGCAAAGGCUUUCCCAAAUAAUGUGGCUACAGUCAUGGGAAGUCUUGAGUUUUUUUCUGGACUGGGGCUGAUAGCAGGCCCCCCUUUAGGUGGCUUUUUGUAUGAGUCCUUUGGCUACGAGGUGCCUUUUAUUCUUCUGGGGUGUAUAGUUCUGCUGCUGAUACCACUCAACCUAUGCAUUUUGCCCAGCUAUGAGUCUGAUCCCUGCGAACAGUCCUUCUGGAAACUCGUCACCUUACCCAAGGUCCGUCUCAUCGCCUUCGUCAUCAUCUCGCUCAGUUCCUGCUUCGGCUUCCUAGACCCAGUCCUGUCCCUCUUUGUCAUGGAGAAGUUCAGUCUAUCAGCUGGAUACGUGGGACUGGUCUUCCUGGGUCUGUCUCUGUCCUACACCAUUUCUUCGCCGAUGUUUGGUCUGCUCAGUGAUAAGAUGCCCAAUCUAAGGAAAUGGUUUCUGGUUUUUGGAAACCUAAUCACAGCUGGCUGCUACAUGCUGCUAGGACCUGUACCCAUUUUUCACAUGAAAAGUCAGCUCUGGCUUCUGGUACUGGUGUUAGUUGUAAAUGGCAUCUCUGCUGGGAUGAGUAUCAUCCCAACUUUCCCAGAGAUGCUCAGCUGUGCAUAUGAGAAUGGGUUUGAAGAGGGCAUAGGUACGCUGGGACUCAUAUCUGGUCUCUUUGGUGCCAUGUGGUCGAUUGGGGCUUUCAUGGGACCAAUGCUGGGUGGAUUUCUGUAUGAGAAAAUUGGUUUCGAGUGGGCAGCAGCGAUCCAAGGCCUAUGGACUCUGAUAAGUGGACUUGUAAUGGGCAUAUUUUAUCUCUGGGAGCACUCCAAGAUGAGAAGAAGAUCUAAAGUGCAGAACAUCAUUGGCACAGAGGAAGAACGAACUGCUCUCUUGCCCAAUGACACCUAGCUUUGCAAAACCUGGUUCCAUCCAGACUGGGAGACAGGUGCUUUCGGAAUGACUGUGGGGGCUAGAGGAGCUUCCUGCGUGCCCUACAGAGGUCGGUGCCUCCUGCCCCGGACACGACUGCUUUUAGAGGACACUGAGCUGGACUGGUCUUAGCGUACUUACAGAAAGCUGGCUCAGCUCACCAAGGCAGCCCCUCGGAACAGCACCGAGAAAAGGCAACUCAGCAGAAGCCUGGUUUUCUAAAUGGUGACCUUGCCCAUCAGAGGGUUUUCACUGACUGACUUUGGCCUUCUUAUUCCGGUGUUCACUUUUCAUUCUCACAGAUUUUUCCAAUGUGCCUCUUAAAACUGAUAAGUGAAAAAAACGAAUAUCUAAUACACAGUGAGCAUAUAAAAUUGAAUGGAUAAUUUUAUAACUCAGUUUUGAAAGAUGGCCUUUCUUCUCUGCACUGAAUUUUGUACUUUUUGAAAAGGCAAAAUUCUUGCUGGCCAUGUAAAACUUCAGAGCAUUUCUUGGCUUUUAGUUUUUCUAAAAAUGUCUGCAUGGAAGGUCCAAGAAAAAUGAUACGUGCUCUCCUAUCUUGUGAUAUUUUCAGUUAUGAUCUGGGCUGAUAAAUAUUAUUUGGCAUAAUGCUUCUCAUUUCUAGUCUUAGUAUGUCUUUGUCUUGGUCCUAUAAUUUAUGUUUGUUUCUUGUGUUUGCUCUAUCUCCUACUCUUGGAAAGAGUGUCCCAUCACUAGGCAGGGUAACACCCCUCCACCCAGCCGUGACUCUGUGCUGUACUUGGAGAAACACUCCAACUUUGUGUAAAAUCCUCACUGCUACUUGAAGUUAGAAUGUCAACUUUAUACCUCUUGUUCGAUUAUCAUAUUGUAGUAGCUACAUUUCUUUUCUAAUAGAAUAAAUGAUUUUUAUGUA